AUGGCUAAGCCAAAGGGCCCUCGCGCCACAUUAUCUGGUCUUAUAGCCUCGGACUCUGAGGACUCGCAUUUUGCCGAACCUAAAGCAGUGCCCAUCUUAGAUUCCACCGCAGAAAACAAGGCGCCCGCAAAGAAACCCCGUGGAAGACCAAGGACCGCGGCUGCGAAGGUUACCAAAACGAAAGCUGCGCCUCGGGCAGGUGGGCGCCUGAAUACGAAAGAAAGUGAAUCUGCACCACCAGUAGAAAAUAAGAGCAGGAGGCAAGCAUUGGCAGAUAAGACGAAUCAGCAGCAUGACAGCGAUAUGGAAGAAGUCGACGAUUUGGGGGCCUGUGAGGAUGUUGUUAUGAAUGAUAGGGAACCGGAUGAUGACAUUAUCGCUGCCAAACAGACGGAAUCGAAAGCUACGAAGGAUAAACCUCGCGCCAAACGAGAAAAGGCUACGAAAGGGGUGGAUUCUGGCACAGAGGCCGCUCCUACUGCGCCGAGGCCGCGAUCACGCGGGGGACGGAAAAAGGUUGCGACUACACAAGAGAUACCGGAUGAGCCUUCACUAGAAAAUAUCACAUAUGAAGCCGAGGUUCCAACGAUAGAUGCGGAUGCGGACGCAGAUGAAGAAGUUGAGGAUGUUGUGUCAAAAACUGCUCAUAAUAGUAUGCGAUCGAGGGCGGAUUCUCAAGCUCGACAACCUUCUCUUAAACGGCGGCGGGCUGGCAGUACAUCAGAUACAGAAAGAGGAGACCCAAGCUUACGACGAAAGCUUGGGGACAUGACGAAGAAAUACGAUAGUCUCUAUAUCAAAUACCAAGAUCUGCGCGAAAUUGGAAUCAAGGAAGCUGACCGAAAUUUUGAACGGCUAAGAAAGGACACUGAUGAGGAACGGAAGAGGUCUAAUACUAUGGUCGCGUCCUUAAAGGCCGAUGUUGCUGCGCAAGCUGCUCUGGCAAAAGAGUCUAAAGCGCUCAAGAAGACGCUCGAAUCGAAGGCUACGGAGGUUGCUACUCUGCAGGCCCAUAUCGCACAGUUAAACUCAUCUUUAUCUGAAGUACGAGCUGAGAACAAAACGCUCGUUGCUGAGAAUAAAACGUUAUCAGCCGAAAACAAGACCUUGAUAGCAGAGAGGAAGACACUAUCGGCUGAAAAUAAAACCCUAUCCAACAAACUAGCUGCUACCCGUAGUGCCGCGUCCGCUAUGGAGAGUCUCAAUAUUCCUGCUAGUGCUGUCAAGGCCAAUGGGGGCGUCCGACUGAUGGGAACUGCAGAGGCUGCUCAGACAGCACAAGCAGCACAGCUGAAGGAGGACUUGUACUGCGAUCUUACAGGCUUGAUAAUGAGGGGUGUGAAACGCGAAGCUGAGGAGGAUAUAUUUGACUGCAUUCAGACCGGCCGCAAUGGCACUCUUCACUUUAAACUAGCAGUGGCCAAUGAGAACGUGCGCGACAGCUAUGAUGAUGCGCAAUGCAGUUAUGUUCCUCAACUUGACCCCCGCAGAGACAACGACUUGAUGGAGCAGCUUCCGGACUAUUUGGUAGAUGAGAUUUCAUUUCCGAGACCACAAGCUGCAAAAUUUUAUGCGCGGGUGGUAAAAGCACUGACAACUUGA